GUGAAGUAAUUCAUUGUAUGAGACACGGGAGGAAGCACCAAACGAUUCAACCGGUCGGCAAAAACUGAAAAACCCGUCCGUUAGCCACAUAAACUACAGGCAUGGCAGCCAUUCGUAAGAAGCUGGUGAUCGUGGGGGAUGGAGCUUGUGGGAAGACCUGCCUUUUGAUUGUCUUCAGCAAGGACCAGUUCCCUGAAGUCUAUGUGCCCACUGUGUUUGAAAACUAUGUCGCUGAUAUUGAGGUGGACGGCAAACAGGUGGAGCUGGCUCUCUGGGACACAGCAGGUCAGGAGGACUAUGACAGACUGAGACCUCUUUCCUACCCAGACACUGAUGUCAUCCUCAUGUGCUUCUCCAUAGACAGCCCUGAUAGUUUGGAAAACAUUCCAGAGAAGUGGACCCCAGAGGUCAAACACUUCUGCCCCAACGUUCCCAUCAUCCUGGUAGGAAACAAGAAAGACCUGCGCAAUGACGAGCACACGCGUCGAGAGCUGGCCAAGAUGAAGCAGGAGCCAGUGAAGUCAGAAGAGGGCCGGGACAUGGCUGUACGAAUCUCAGCCUUCGGUUACAUGGAGUGCUCUGCAAAGACGAAGGACGGCGUGCGGGAGGUGUUUGAAAUGGCCACCAGGGCGGCACUGCAGGCCCGCCGUGGAAAGAAGAGCAAUAAAUGUAUACUGCUCUAAAAUGGCCGAUAUAUUUGGACUGUUUUUACCCUGGGCUACUGUACACAGGACUGGGACUUGGGAGGGACUGAGGGAUUGGGAGGGACGGGAGGAAAAGCAGUAAACUUCUACCGCUGUAAAACGGCUGUUUGUUGGACUAAAAUUACCCUGAGAGUUGUGUUUGGGGAAACUCUGAAUGACCGGGUUGGGCGGGUGGAUGGAUGGGGGGGACAGGGGAGCGCAGGAAAUGGCUACAGUUGUAAACAUUGGGCUCUGUAGCUGUAGGUUUAUCAUCAAGCUGGAAAAUUCCACCAGCCUUGUCAAGUGUCACAAGCCACUUUCACUGAUUGGGAAGAUACUGGUCCUUUUUUAAAGAAGACCUUUAGCAGACUGGUGAGUAAAUGUGAGUCCCGUGGUAAAUUAACAAAAGUGGAUUAUUUAUACCGGGGUGUUGAGUUUCUGAGAGAGGGACGGGAAUGAUUAAGUGGACAAAUCAAUAUCUGUCAGCUGCUUUUAUACAAGCUUUGAGUGAACUAACUUGUAGUGCAAUUUCAACAGUUUGGCAUGAAGAAUAUUUUCAUCUCCAUAGUGUUGUGUCCACAAUAUUAAAGCAAUGGUCAUGUGCUGUCAGGUGCUCGGGUCUUGUGUGUUGUAUUAUCAGAGAGGAGGCGUGGAGCCGCAUGCUCACAUGUCCAGUUCAGUGCCAUGCAGUCGCUCGCAGUGACAAACGCAACUCUCACUCUGAGCUGAUUUGUCAUUAUUACUGGAUAGUAAACGUCGUUUGAAUAGCCAUCAUCUCUGUGUGCAGCGCAAAAUCACCACCAGUUGCUGCUUUAGAUAUUCAUCGAACGUGUGCAGUGCAGUCGAGAGGAAUGUGAUGGUUGAAUUCAUUCAGAGGAGCAGCAGAGUUUAAGCGCUGCGGUGUAAGGACUAGACGUGGAACUGUCCGCAUGCUGGUGAAUCUGUGGCAUUUGUUUUACGCUCCGGCUCCAUCUGAAGGUUAUUCAACAUUUAAUAAUUCCUUCAUACCUCAUCAGUGGAAGUGGCAGGGGAACUCCAGCAUCGUACAAUCUGAGCUAACUCUACUUGUGGCUUGCCCCCCCCCCACCACAUCCCUUCCUGUAUCACACAGCUGACUGCUGGUGCUCAUCUUCCCCUGGUUUUAGACCAGGACAAAGAACAAGGAGAGGGAGAGUAUUGUGUUUACAUGCACACCACUGUUCUCCUGAUGUGGGUUGAAGGACUUUUAUUUUUUGUGUCUAAGCAUGUUUAAAGGUCAAAUGUACAAGCUACAUGUUGGGGAGAAAGAUGUCUGUGAUAUAUAUGACAUUAUCCAUCUUCUGUGUGUCUCUCACCGGUUAGCUGUUUCUACCUGCCAUCGAAAUUUAACAGUUAACUUUAAAAAGAAGAAACAUGAUGUGAAAUUACCUUUUUAUUCAUAAGACUGUGCAUGAAAAUGCCAGCAUUGUCGGGUUUGGCAAUCGGAUAAAUCUGGAGUGAAACAUUCAGGUGAUAUAGAUCACUAAUGUGCAGAGUAAGAAUAAACCACCUGCUAUGAGUUGGAAAGCCUUCAUUUUAAGGUAUUUUGUAAAGUUUUUUUGUUUUAGAAAUUGUAAGAGUGGCCGUUUCUAUUGGAAUUCAAAGUCGCCAGCCUUCCCUGACUUUUCUGUCUUACAAUGCCAGAUUCACACUCUCUUCACAGUGUUGUACCUUCCUGUUCUUCUUCCUGAACUACAGGGAGGAGACUGUUCCAGAAACCCAGUUUUGUGUUUUUAUACUUAAAUUUUUUUCUGCUUUAAAAAGGUAUAAAUAUGUUGUCUAUCAGUAUUUCAGGUGGAAGACUGUUUUUGUUGCCACUAAAGUUCCUAUUUUUUUUUUUUUUGUGAUGAUGGUUGUGAUGACUGGUCAAUCAUCUCUGCCACAUGCUGUUAGGCAGUCUGGAGAAAGGCUGUCCCCUCGGCUGCUUGGCUAGAGCAUCACUAGAACCAUAUGUGCUGACUUCUUUGUUUUCAAUACAAACUCGGCUGAAUACCUAAAAGGAAAAAAAAACCCAACUCUGGUUUCCUCAAUGUACAAAUCAUUUUUAGUUCUAGUUUUUAUUGUAUUUUUAAAUCCUAAUUUUGGAUACUGAAGCAGUGGCGUAAACAAAGGAACAGGAUAACCAAGCUGUAUACAAAUUCUGUAAAUAUGAAAUGUGGGUUUGUUCAUACUAGACAACACACAUGCACAGGACUGGAAACUGUAUUUGUAAACUAGCUUUGGUUUGUGUAAUAAAUUACUUUCUAUAACA